AUGUUUUACAUAAAUAUUUUAUUAGUCUACUUAAUCUUGAUUAAGUAUAUUAAGUCUACAUAGCCUGGACUAGAUGUAAAUUGCUCUGCAAAUGGAUAAACUUGCUAAUUAGGUGACUGUCCAUACGUUUUUCCUUUUGUUUGGAUUAAUGAUAAUUAAUCCUGCUAAAUACAGGAUUGCUCUGCUUAAACAUUUCCAGCGAAUGGUUUGACAGAUUUAUUUUGUGCAAGUUGUCCACCAGAUAUUUUAACUACAAAAUCAUAAAAAUAUAGCAAUGUUGAUGGAACUUAAUGUAUUGCUUCAUCAGCAACAUGUGGUAAUUAAAGAUUGCCAAAUACAUGGUCAGAUAAAGAUUGCUAAUUAUGUUAUUCGAGUAGCUAUUAUGCAACUACAGAUAAAUCUAAAUGUGUAAAAUCAUAAGCAACAUGCAGUUAAAAUAGAGCUGCAAAUACUUGGAAUGAUUCUGAUUGUUCUUUAUGUUCUCCUAGUACUCCAUAUGCCAAUGUGAACUUAAGUAAAUGUGUAAAUUCUUCUACUACAUGUGGUACUAAAAGAAGUACAAGUAAUUUAUGGAGUGAUGAUGAGUGUAAACUUUGUUAUGAUGAUGGAUAUAAGGCUUCACUUAAUCUAUAAAGCUGCUUAAACUGUAAAGCUACUUCUAAUUUAACAGAUAAAAUUUGUAGUUAAUGUAAUGGAGGAAAUGAUGGCGAGCUAUAAUAUGCAAAUUCUGAAGGAACUGCCUGUGUAGCCAUAGAUUGUGAAAAGGGGGAAAAUUGGACCAACGCUGAUUGUAUAAUUUGCAAUCCUAAGGCGCCGUAUGCUUCUAACGAUAAAAGUAUUUGUAUUUCAGUUACCUUUAGUGGUUUCUUUGGUUUGAACUACAUAAUUAUUUAUCUAUUAUACCUAUUUAUAUGA